AGCCACUUCUGGUCAAGAUUGUUCCCAUCAUGCCUAACCAAGGAGAAGACUGCUAUUUUUUUUUCUAUUCAACAUGUACCAAAGGUGACAGCUGCCCUUUCCGUCACUGUGAAGCUGCAUUAGGAAAUGAAACUGUUUGCACAUUAUGGCAAGAAGGGCGCUGUUUUCGACAGGUGUGCAGGUUUCGCCACAUGGAGAUUGAUGUAAGCUUGCUUUUGGCUGUGUUGCCCACUGUGCCAGAGUCACCAGAAGAGGAAGUGAAGGCCAGUCAACUCACAGUUCAGCAGAACAAACUGUCUGUGCAGUCUAACCCCUCUCCUCAGCUGAGGAGCGUUAUGAAAGUAGAAAGUUCUGAAAAUGUGCCAAGCCCUACACAUCCACCAGUGGUAAUCAAUGCUGCAGAUGAUGAUGAAGAUGAUGAUGAUCAGUUUUCUGAGGAGGGCGAUGAUACCAAAACACCCCCCAUGCAGCCAACUCCUGAAGUCCAUAAUGGAUUACGACUGGCUUCUGCCCGGAAACCUGGAGCAAAUUUAAAACAAGGUGAAUGUUUGAAUUUUGGAAUAAAAACUCUUGAGGAAAUUAAAUCAAAGAAAAUGAAGGAAAAAUCCAAGAAGCAAGGUGAAGGUUCUUCAGGAGUUUCCAGUCUUUUACUCCAGCCUCAGCCCAUUCCAGGUCCUGAAAAAGAGAAUGUCCGGACUGUGGUGAGGACAGUAACUAUGUCAAGCAAACAAGGAGAAGAACCCUUGGUUAGAUUGAGUCUUACAGAGAGACUGGGAAAACGAAAAUUUUCAGUGGGUGGGGAUAGUGAUCCCCCAUUAAAGCGGAGCCUAGCACAGAGGCUGGGGAAGAAAGUGGAGGUGCCAGACACUAACCCUGACAAAACACAAAAGAAAGUUCAAGUUUCCAAGUCUUUGAAGGAGCGUUUAGGUAUGUCAACUGGUCCAAACAGUGAGGAGACAACAGAGAGAGUUAAUAAAGUUGGUGAGAUCCAUGUCAAAACAUUAGAAGAAAUUCUUCUUGAACGAGCCAGUCAAAAACGUGGAGAACUACAAACUAAACUCAAGACAGAGGGACCUUCAAAAGCUGAAGAUUCUACUUCAGGAACAAGAAGUUCUUCUGCUGUCCGAAUUAAAACUUUCUCUGAGGUCCUAGCUGAAAAAAAGCAUCGGCAGCAGGAAACCGAGAGACAAAAAUGCAAAAAGGACGCAACUUGCAUUAAGCUAAAGAGUGACGCUGAUGUAAAAAAGCCAGUGGUUUUACCACAGGUGGUUGUUAGCACAGGACAACCAGAAGAGCCUGCGGGAAGAGCACGGUCCAUGCAGGAAGUGCACAUUAAGACACUGGAGGAGAUUAAGCUGGAGAAGGCACUGAGGGCACAACAGAGCUCCGAGAGCAGUGCCAGCUCCCCGCCUCCACUGGAGGCCACCCCCACAGCCAGACGGCUUCUGCGAAUCACCAAAAGAACAGGUACAAAAGAAGAGAAGAGACUUCAGGAAGGAAGUGAAGUUGCUUCUCAGAUGAGUGUUACUGUGGCAGAGGCUAAUGAGGCUCUAGAUGAGUCCACUGGAGUCGAUAUCACUAAAGUUCCAGCCAAGAAAUGUGAAACCCUGAGAGAGAAGCUCGUGCAGAAACCGCAGGAGAGGGGGGCCUCACACAAGGAGAAAUCUGUCCUCACGCCCCUCCGGGGAGAUGUUGCCUCUUGCAAUACCCACAUGGAGAAACCAGUGCUCACAGCUGCGUUAGGCAUUGCCCGGCACCUGACCAAGCGGCUUCCCAUAAAGCCAUCCCAGAAAGGGGAGGUAGAAACCUCCGGGAUUGGGGACUCAAUAUUGAAUGUGAAAUGUGCAGCACAGACAUUGGAGAAAAGGGGUAAAGCUAAACCCAAAGUAAAUGUGAAGCCAUCUGUAGUCAAAGUUACUUCACCUCCCAAGCUGGCGCCAAAACGCAAGGCUGCAGAGGUGCACCCUGCCGUCAUUGCAGCUGUGAAGCCACUCAGCAGCGUCCUGCAGGAAAGUCCAGCCAAGAAAGCAGCCAUGGUUGUUGGUAUGUUUUAUACAUACACUUUUGUGAAACAUGAUGUGUGCUCAAACAUACAUGUCUGUCCCAUGUCCCAGAUGGUUUCUCAGGCUUUAUGUAGCCUGCAGCUGGACAUACCCACUUCUUCUUUAAAUGAUGAAAAUAUUUGGUCCCAAACCAGUAAAACAGUUCUGUGUGUCCUCAGAAAACAACAUCGUGUUAACUCUGUGUUCCCAAGACUGCCAAGUGAAAACACCAGGGAAAGUGGGUGCACUGCUAAGUAUAAUAGUCUUUUUCAUUUCUUUCUUAGUUUUGUGCUGCCUCCAACCCAGUCUUCUUCAGAACCCUCACCCCCAGAAGUAUCUGGCCCUUCUUCAUCCCAGGUAGCCACGAAAACUCGCCGACUCAGCUCUGCCUCAACAGGAAAGCCCCCACUGUCUGUGGAGGAUGAUUUUGAGAAACUAAUAUGGGAGAUUUCAGGUGGCAAAUUAGAAGCUGAGAUUGACCUGGAUCCUGGGAAGGACGAAGAUGACCUUCUGCUGGAGCUUUCAGAAAUGAUUGACAGCUGAAGGUGGUAGUGAGAACACUUAAAAAAAAAAAAAAAGUCACCAAAAACUGGACUUGGUUUUAUCUAUUACAUCAUUUACCUGAGAUGAUUUCUUUAGUCUCAAAUUUUUCCCUAAUCAGAAGUAUACCUCUGAACUGUCUCUAUGUGUUCUGAAUUCCAUGGGUCAGAUUUUCCAAGUCCCUUGAUAAGCAUUUUGUUGAGCAUCUUUGAGAAGAAGUUCUGCAGUGCCCUUCUCCACAGCGACAGCCUGAAGGCGAGCCAGAUGAAAAGGGUGUGAGAACUUGUGACUCCUUGAGGUGUUCCUUAGCUCUGCCUCUUCCCUUUGUUGUAUUUUUCCUUUUUUGUAUUGUCUUAACAUAUUUAAUGUUAUCUGAGUUUGAAAUGAAUGGAUGAAGAUGGCUGCUACCAUUGUGGACCAAAUUCCAUGCUACCACUUAAAAAAAAAAAAAAGGAAAAGAAAAAACACCGAGUCUGUGUUAAAUUGUAUGUCUCUUUAAAGGUAUUUGGAGAUUCAUCUAAGCUUUAAAGAGGGCUGAGCAGCUCAAGAACCUGCAAUAUGGGCAUAAGACCUGGUUUGAAUGCGUCAGCUGCUCUGAGAGCCUCUGAAGAGCAAUAGCUAACUUAUUACUGUAAUUUUUUUAAAGGCUUUAAAGUGCCUCCAGGGUCCCUGAAUCUAAUUUUCUACUUCUGAGAUUCCCCAGAUUCUUGAUAAGAGAUGGUGAGAUGAGUUAGAGCAUCUCUUUUUUAGUAUGAGAAUUGUCCCUUCAGUACUUGCCUCCUUCUGGCAUUGAAUCAUUACAGGGACAAAAAGUAGUACAUGUUUUUAUUUUAAAGUCUCCCAGAAAACUCCUCUUGCCCAGUAUUUCUUUGGUGCCCUUUAAUACUGGAGGAGAAAAACAAUAAACUCAAGCUGCCAAUAUUUCUGGCCUAUAGCCAGUACACUGAACUGUACUGUAGCAGGGAUAUUGAGCUCUGGGGGGUGUAUUGUAUACCUUCCAGUUUUCUUAAUUUGGCAAUUGAAUUCUCUUUUGUUGAUACUGGUCUCCAUAUCACCUCAAGGUUUAGACUUGUGAAGGAACAAGUAAGAUGGGGUAGUGGUCUUGAAAGGAGACGUGUUGUACAUAACCUGGAGGAGGAAAGAAGGACCUGUCCAUUUUGAGACUUUGCUUUAGGUGGACAGUUUAUUUCUCAUGGGGAAAUCUGAACCACCUGUCAUGUUGGCUCCUAAGGAACUGCUGUUGUAAGCGGCUCAUCAAGAGUUGAACUUCAUUGUAGCCUUGUUGGGAUUAUGGAAAAGGAAGAAAGCCACAGGACUGCUCAUUCAGUCUUGGGAAGAUCUGGAUGAUUCUGCACAAGCAAAAAUGACUUGAAAUAUAUGUAUAGAUACAUCUCUACCAGUCCAUCUUCAGUCGACUGAAUGUUGUGUGACAGCCCUUCUCCACAGCAGGGGUGGAAUGCUCUUGUUUCACCGCAGAGUUCACAGAUGCAUUGCAGUUUUGGAAUCAGCAUAUAGAUUCCAAGUCCUGUUUGUAUAUAACCUUAUUCUUUGACUUUUGAAAAGUUAAUUUUUGUUUCUAUAUUUAAAGCCCUUGUAUUAGUCAAUGAUUCAUGUUCAGCAUUAUUUGAACCAUUUGCCAUUACAGAAAGAAAAAUACUUAAUUUGUGUUUUAAUAAAACUGGUGUAGGAAAGUCUUGA